AUGGCCCUGUGUCUGUGCCUGUUGUUCAACCCAUCUUGGUGCCCCCGCAGCCUCCCGCCCAAGAGACACCCAUGGCUGAGGUUGUGGAUGCCACUGCACCUCCCGGCGGCAUCAACAGCGGUAGCGGUGCACCUACCAAUGGCAAUCGGGGCCCGUCUCCUGCGUGCUCCUACGGCUCGUCUCCAGCCCCGGCUGCGUCUCCAGCUGCUGUCAAGGAUGAUGGCAAAUGGCGGAUCCAACGACAAGCAAGGAUCUGACGGCAAUGACGAAUCCAACAACACUGGCGGUCAAUCAACUGCCUCUUGGAGCAUCGUUCAAAAUCUCUUCCAAGGCUUACUCGAUGGCUUUCUGACGCCUCGUCUUUAUAUGUUUCAAAGGCACUGCCUAUGUUUUUUGAGGCCGUUUUCAUACACUGGGUUGGAGGGCUUGGUACAUUUCUGGAAGCGUGGAUAUUUCUUUUCAAGGCCUCACCACGGUUGA